UCUUUUCUUUCUGUGAUGCGCCUAAUAAUUGUUUUAUGUAUCAAACAGGUACCCUUGUCCCAUGUUCCUGAGCCAGUUUGCAAGACUGCAAGUGAUUGGAUCACCCAGAGAUCUCCUGAUGCAUUGGGAGAAUUUGUUUUGUGGUGUAUAGAUAGCAUCAUGUCUGAAUUGUCAGGUCCAACUGUGGGACCUAAGGGCUCGAAGAAGGUUGUUCAACAAACUCCAAAAGCCCAGGUUGCAAUAUUCGUUGUGCUUGCCUUGACUUUAAGAAGGAAGCCAGAUGUAUUAAUAAACCUCUCCCCAAAACUAGUGAGGAACAGUAAAUAUCUUGGACAGGAAAAGCUUCCCAUCAUCGCCUGGGUUAUUAAUCAGGCAUCUCAAGGCGACCUAGUCUCGGGAAUGUUUUGCUGGUCGCAUUCCCUAUUUCCCACAGUGUGUGCAAAGUCAAGUGUGAACCCGCAGUCAAGAGAUCUUGUUUUGCAGUUGCUCGAGAGGUUUGUGUCUACCCCUAAUGCCUCCAAAGCUCGGGCUAUGCUACUGAAUGGCGCCGUUAGAAAGGGGGAGCGCCUGGUUCCUGCUGGAACGCUUGAUCUCUUUAUGAGAUGCACAUUUCCCGUGCCUAAUGCACGUGUCAAGGCUACAGAAAGGUUUGAGGCAGCCUAUCCAAUAAUAAAGGAGCUGGCUCUUGUUGGUACUCCUGGCUCCAAAGCUGUGAAGCAAGCAUCACAGCAGCUUCUGCCGUUGGCUGUGAAGGGAAUGCAAGAAAAUAAUGCAGAGCUCGCCAAGGAGGCCACUGAUGUGUUCAUUUGGUGCCUGACUCAGAGUCCAGAGUCCUACAAGCUGUGGGACAAGCUUCAUGCAGAGAAUAUCCAAGCCAGUGUUGCGGUCUUGCGCAAAAUCACUGCUGACUGGAAGACACUCUCUCCCAAGCUCAACUCUGAAGCUCUUAAAGCAACUCUGAAGAGCCUCAAGGCUAAGAAUGAGGCGGCUCUGGAGGAAGCUGAGGACUCUGGCGAGAAGGCAUCCAUCAAGGAAGCAGACAAGUACUGCAAGGCCAUCAUCGGGAGGCUGUCGCGCGGUGCCACCUGCCUGAAGGGCAGCCUGCUGGUGAUUGCGCUCGCAGCCGGGGCCGGCUUCAUGCUCUCCCCCAACCUGGACCUCACCGCCGACCUCGAGAAGCUCCAGGCGAUGGCGUUGGAGCUCCAGGCCGUGGCGUCGGAGUACCUGCGGUCCUUCUGAACAUACGGUUUAUACUGAGAGGGGAGAGGGGAGAGAAAUAAGAGGGGAGAGGAUAGGUCCUAGACAAAGAGAGAUAUACUAGUUCGUCUGAGUCGGUUACCGUUUUUAGCAUCUUUCUCCCAAGACAGUUCUCCUGGGAGGAGGUGGCAGCGACAGUUGUUUUUAAUUUAUGUUAAUUAAUCCGUAGACUGAUAUCCGUGAUGAGAUGAGAAGGUUUGGGCCAAAUGGCUCGACCUGUGGACUGAGACAGUUUUGGUUUUAAAUCAAAAAUGUUGUUGAAACUUA